CAGCCCAGCCUGGUGCGGGCUUCUAGGGGAGGCACCAGGCAAGAGCUCAGGCUGGGCCGGAAUGGGCUGGGCUGCGAGAUGAAGAGGCCGCCAGCUGCCCAUCAGGAGGCCUCCUGGCUGCCUCCCCCGCCCACCCGCUCCAAUCCCCUUUUCGGCCCUGGCUCGGGGGUUGUUCCUGCUCUCUGCACACUCAGAGCAUCCUGCAUCCCCAGCGUCCCUGGAGGCAGGUGCCUGCCAUCAGAUCCGGCUCCUGCAGCCUGGCCCCUGGCUGGCUUGAGGACUACAAAUUAACAAGAGCUCCCCAGGAGGAAGGGGAGAAAUAUGCGCUGCUAACUCAGAACUAGCGGGUGGUUCUGUCCUUCAUUUUCCCGAAGACCUGCGCUGUGUGUGUGCGUGUGCGUGCGUGUGUAUGCGUAUGUGUGUGUGUGUAACCUCGGACAGCCCACUUCACCAAGCUGCUGUUGGGCAUUUUGCUCUCUCGCUUUUCUUUUUUGGGGGGUAAUAAUCCCAUGCAAUGGCUUUCAUCGCCCGGCUGUGAAUGAGAGGCUGGGGGAGAGCAGAGCUCUCAUUCUCAGCUGGGAGUGGUUCUCUCUUUGUGCCCGAAUGAGUGAGUGAGUGAGCGUGCGUCCUCAGCAUCCCCAGCGGUGGACACCUUUAAAACACGCACCGUCGUUGUCAUUAGUUAAUGUUCGAGAGGAUCAUUGGGCAGGGCUUCUGUGAAAUGCUAUUUUGGUUAAAAGAAGACGAAAUGUCCCAUCAGGAGCUCACCCAGAGGCUGGCCACAGUGAUCACUCAUGUCGAUGAAAUCAUGCAGCAGGAAAUCCGGCCCCUCGCGGCGGUGGAUAUCAUAGAACAACUCCACAGACAAUUUGCCAUCCUAUCAGGAGGCCGAGGGAAAGAUGGCGCCCCAAUCAUAACCUUCCCUGAGUUUGCAGGCUUCAGCGAAAUCCCUGAUGAAGAUUUCCUGAACGUUGUGACUUACUUGACCAGCAUCCCCAGUCUGGAGGCUGCCAGCAUCGGGUUCAUCAUUGUUAUUGACAGAAGGAGAGAUAAAUGGAGCUCCGUAAAGGCAUCCUUGACCCGAAUUGCAGGAGCGUUUCCAGGAAACCUGCAACUUGUCUUUGUCCUUCGGCCAUCCCGCUUUAUCCAAAGGACCAUCGCUGACAUUGGCAUUAAACUGUAUAGAGAUGACUUUAAAAUGAAGGUACCGAUCAUCAUGUUGAACUCUGUUUCUGAUCUCCACGGCUACAUUGACAAGAGCCAGCUGACCAGGGAGCUGGGCGGGACUCUAGAAUAUGGCCACGGACAGUGGAUACACCAUCGAACAGCCAUAGAAAACUUUGCCGUGACAGUGAAAACCACAGCCCAGAUGUUACAGACCUUUGGGACGGACCUGGCGGAGACGGAGCUGCCCAAUGAUGUCCAGUGUACAGAGCAGCUCCUCCACUCCCAGACAGAGCAGCACAGCAAGCUGAAGGCUGAGCUGAAGCUGGCGGGGAGCCAGGGGGGCACGUUACUGUCAUGCAUCCGAGAACCAGCUAACAAGAACCCCGCUAUCAAGCUCAACCCUGAUGAACUGGAAAAUGUCAUGACGGUGGAAAGGUUACUCGCUCAGCUGGAUGAGACAGAAAAGGCCUUUGAUCAGUUCUGGACUAAGCAUUAUCUGAAGUUAAACCAAUGCCUGCAGCUGCGGCACUUUGAGCACAAUUUCCGAGAGGUUAAAUUGGCCCUGGAUAGCCUAAUGUCUGUACAGGCAAAAAUCACAGUCAUUGGGAACAGCGUGGCACGUGUGGAACAACUGCUGAAGGAGAGGAAGCAGCUGGAGAGGAGAGGCCAGGAGCCCCUGGAGAAGGCCCAGGCCCUGGCAGUGACCGGUGACCAACUUAUCCAAAGCAACCACUAUGCUGUGGACUCUAUCCGGCCCAAGUGUGUGGAGCUCCGGCGCAUCUGUGAUGACUUCACCAAUGAGGCCAAGAAGAAGUGUGACAUUUUGGGGAAGGCCCUGGAAAUGCAUAAGCAGCUAGAUGCGACCGGUCAGUGGUGCGAAGCCGGCAUCUACCUUUUAGCAUCCCAAGCCUUGGACAAGUGCCAGACACAGGAGGGCGCUGAGACGGCCCUGGGGGACAUCGAAAAGUUCCUGGGCACAGCCAAGGAGUACCAGCUGGUUAACCCCAAGGAAUUCUACAGCCAGUUCAACGUAGUUCUCACCCCUGAAAUAAAGGAAAAUGCAGACAAGAUUGUUCAGAAGCUGGAAGAUGUGCAAGAAAUGUUCGAGAGGAGACAAGUGAGCCUGAAGAAGUUGGCAGCCAAACAGACCCGGCCGGUGCAGCCUGUGGCCCCUCACCCAGAGUCUUCUCCGAAGCGGGCCUCGCCCAAAACCAACCGGCCCACCACCCUCGCUCCCAGUAGGAGAAUAACUGAAGUUCCCUGUCCUCCCAAGACAGUCAAUGAAGCAGAGUUGUUGAAAAAGAAAAGCAUCAAGAAACCCAAAGGUGGGAUUAAGAUCGAAGUGAUGCAUGAAGCCAGCCAAGGUGGCUCCAGCAGAAUAUUGGUGAUGAGUGAAAGUGAAGAGAACCUCUCCACCAGGAGGAGCCACAUCAUGCAUGAGCUGAUUGAAACAGAACGAGUUUACGUAGAGGAGCUUCAAAGUAUAAUUGAGGGUUACGCGGCAGAAAUGGACAAUCCAGACUUAAAUCACCUGAUCCCGGUUGCACUUCAGAACAAAAAGGAAAUUCUCUUUGGAAACCUCCAUGAAAUCCACGAAUUCCAUAACAGAAUUUUUCUUAAAGAACUGGAAAACUGCGUUGAAAAUCCUGAAUUUCUUGGCCGGUGCUUUCUAAAAAGGAAAGAAGAUCUUCAGGUCUAUGAAAAAUACUGUCAAAAUAAGCCACGGUCUGAAACACUGUGGAGACAAUGUGGAGACAGCAUCUUCUUUCAGGAAUGUCAGCGCAAGUUGGACCACAAACUCUCCCUGGAUGCUUACCUCUUAAAACCAGUCCAGAGAAUCACAAAGUACCAGCUGCUUUUAAAGGAGAUGCUGAAGUGUAGCAAGAAUUCAGAAGACACAGCAGAGCUGGAAGAAGCCCUGGCCACUGUCCUGGAUAUCAUCAAAUCGGUUAAUGACUCCAUGCAUCAAAUUGCAAUCACUGGCUAUGAGGGAGAUCUUCACGAGCUGGGCAAGCUGCUGAUGCAGGGCUCCUUCAGCGUCUGGACCGACCACAAGAAGGGCCACAACAAGGUCAAGGAUUUGGCCAGGUUCAAACCCAUGCAGCGGCACCUCUUCCUCUACGCCAAGCUCCUGCUCUUCUGCAAGAAGCGAGAGGACAGCGUGGACGGGCAUGAGAAGUCUCCCUCGUACAGCUUUAAAAAUUCUCUCAAGAUGGGCAUGGUUGGCAUCACAGAAAAUGUGAAAGGAGACAACAAGAAGUUUGAGAUUUGGUAUAACGGUCGGGAAGAAGUGUACAUCAUUCAGGCAUCUUCAGUAGAACUGAAAAACCUCUGGGUUUCUGAGAUCCGAAAAGUCUUGACGGGACAACUGGAAGCUUGCAGAGAAGCAAGUCAGCUACACCAAAGAAUCACAGAAAGCGUCUACCAUGCGCCUAUGGACACAUCCAGCUCCUCCAGGUACAGCAGAAAAUCAGCAAGUAUUUAUGAUACCAAGCCUGAGUCAUCAGGACUAGAAACUCCUGCCAGCAGGAACCAAAACCCCAGUCCCAACAGCACCGGGCAGAAGCGAGCUGAUGCUUCUGCCAACCUUACCCUUGAGCGCUCAGCUCUUGCUAGAAAGCGAUUCACAUUGCAAGGGCUUUCCAACCGCCGAGCUCCACCCAAAGAUCCUGAAGCUAAGGAGAAGGACAUCACCAGGCGCUUUUCCCUCGCCUCCUCCCUUGGCACCACAGUGCCCACCCCCACUGGCCUUACCAAAGGUCCUCUCGGUCCUGCGGUUAAAGUCAAGAGACAUGAAAUAAAGAGUGACCCAACACCACUUGGGUUUGAAGAUGCUUUUGAGAAUUCCAUCCUGGCCCAGGCCAAAUGCAGUGGCAGGCCCACAAGAACGGUACCCAGAUCUGCCUCCCAGACAGGCUGGCCCAGCAGGCAACUUCCUUCUCUGGACACUUUUGAGGAUUUUGAAGUCAUUCCCUCCAGUACAGAUGAGCUCUCCAACUCUUCAGACAUGGAAGAAGACACCAGCACCCAUAAUGUGUCUGGCCUUUUCCGAGUAGAGGGCAGUUAUGAAACCCGCUCCCCGGAUUCUCUCACCCUGGAGGAUGGUGACUUGGUGCAGUUUGUACAGGAGGGAGAAAAUGGACAGUGGUUAGUAAAGAAAUUGGUUUCUGAGAAAAGUGACUGGGUGCCCUCCAGUCUUCUGCAUCCUGCAGGUAUAGAUGGUGACCAGGUUUACAAAAAUAGUAACAUAGAAACAUAUCCCAAUUCCCAUGACCCAGGGAUAACAGACUCAGAGAGGAAGGAGACCAAUCUUGUGCAAAGACUUCCAGCUGCCCAGAAGGCUGAGAGCUGAGCCUGCCUGCCCCUUGGCCUGCUCAGGCUGCCUCCUCCAUCCAUCUCUUACCUUUGGUUUUGCUUUGGACAUUUUAUUGCCCUUCCCCUCACCUCACUCCCAUCCCUUUUCCCUGGACACUGGAUCUGCCUGGACUUCUGGAAAACUCCAGACUCCCAGAUCGACUGGAAUCACUCCAUCUGGUCAAUAAGUAGAAGCAAAGGAAGUCUUUUUCAGGAUUCAAGAUGAAAACAAAGGCCUCCAGUUAUUAAUGGAACUAUUCAAGGAUAUUGGCCUGAAUUUGGCCUGUCACCAGUGAUGUGGUAGCCAGGGCCUGGCUGUUUGGCGAAACCUCUGGGAUCAAAUCAGUGGGGACUGAUCAUUGCCCUUGGGAGCACCCCUUCUCCUCACCCCGAGUUUCAAUGAUGUCCCAUCUUCUGUUAUGAUUUCUCACCAAAGGUGUUCCUGAGAAGGAGGAAGGGGCUGCACAGGACAGGGCCUGCUCCGGGAAGGUGAGCCAGGCGCAGGUGUUGACAGAGAGGGAGAACGGAGUACUCACUGUUGAGAUCACCUGCCCAGUGAGGCUGGUUGCCCUCUGGCUCACUGCAGGGAAAGGGGAGGUGAUUUGGACAGCAACUGGACCUUUCGUUACCCUGGCACCAAAGCUCAUCCAGGAUGACCAUUAGCAAUGAGGCCAGUGACCCUGCUCAUACUUGAGGCUAGACCAGGUUUACAUUUGGGGCCUUUCAGUGUUUCCGCUUAGGAGAGGCUGGCCGCUAGUUAUUGUAGUCGUCACUAUCGCCCAGCAAUGUCAGGGCACAGUCUACCCUUGCACUCACUCACCUGUUACUAAAGUGUGGGGGAAUGAAAAGAGAGGAAGCUCAUCCGAUAGGAAUGUAUCCCAUCCUCAUUUUUGUGCCCUCGAUCUGGAGGGGGCAGAUAGACUAUAGAUCCCAAGCUGCUAUUCUUCUACCUGGAACAAGCCUCGUGGUGCUAGGGACUCGGGAAGAUCAUGUGCCCCUGUAUCUAGGAGAGGAAGACUUCAGCUCUGAUGGUCAUCAUAGAAAAUGACGUGUAAUUUACAGGAAACCUGCCUGGAAGGUGUGAUGCAACGAAAAGAGGUAGAUGGAAGGAAGGGAAGUAAUUCCGGGAAGGAUUUUAAAGGUCUCCUAAUAGACAUUUUCUACCCAUUCUUCCCCUCUCCCUCCCCAGUAGCCCUCCCUCUGCACUUCAAUAAGGUUCCAUCCACUGCUCUCACAGGGAGAUGGAUGGACCCCAUAGGGCAGGCAGGGAUUUGGGGAAGAGGCAGGGUGACCCUUUGUUAUCCCAAAGAAAGCAUCCUCACCUGUGAUCACACCAGCCUUACCUGGCUCCAGCUCAGAGAUGCUAGAAUUAGGCUUAGUAAGAAAUCAUUCACAGGCUGUAUUCACAGUGAGCCCAGGAGGGGGAAAAGAGCCCUGAGCUAGUGAAGCAGAAACUGAUGGCAAACUUGUUGAUUUCCUGAUUUCCUGCCUUGGAGAACGAUCAGGAAUUGCUUUUUUUUAUCCCAACUAGGCUCACAGACCCUCAACAAGAAAUUAGAGGGCACACCCAGCUCCAUGGGAGAUGCCCCAAUAUGGCAAGUCAGAUGGUCCUCCAAUCUCCUGGCUAUAUUUGGCAAGCCAAUAUUGCUCCUCUGCUGUCAUGGGCCAAACACAGGCAUCCCCACAUUGCCCUUGACCCAACUGUUGGUAUCUGUUUUCUAUCCAGCUCAGCUCUCCAAUAUAGUUUAAUGAUCCUAUGAUGCCACUCUCAUAUAUUUGUGGUCAUCAUAGUGGUGGUGGCAGUACCCUCCUCCAGCUUAGUAACCAGUGACUCCAACCACCUCUUUCCAGUCCCAUGGUAUACACCCCAAUGUGACCCUAACCAAAAUUCGGUCUCUCAGAGCAGACAAUUUUGCUACCUGAAUUUGUAAAGCCCCAGAAUUUUGGGGAGGCUGUAAAUUGAGUCACAUUUGUUUAUGAACACUCAAACACACAGAGACACAGGGACAAUUUAUCAGUUGUCUUUGUGGGCUUGCAUUGACCCGUGUUCAUUCUCUUCUUGGGGAGCUGAGCAGAAUUCUUCCCAAGUAUAAGCAGAUGUAUUUGCCCUAUAGAACAGUAUAAGGUGAGAAUUUACUAAAGCUGAAUCGAAGUACCAGUUUCAUGCUCUAAUCAUUUGAGAAAGGAAAUAGCCAUGUGAGGGAAAGGCUCUGGGGAAUAAUGAGAGGCUAGUUGGGGGGUGCCUGCAAGGAUGCCCAGACACUCCCUUUGAUCUAUUCCUCCCAUAUGUGGCUUAGGGAAUUAUUGGUUCUUUCGAGACCCAUAGUCCCCCAUGCCAAAAGCUGCACUUUCUAUUUGAUGAGUGUAAAGGCCAAAAAAUGUUCCUUCCCUCCCCUGAGUCCUCCUGGGUAUCCUAAGAGGGUAUGCUCCAACCUCCAGGCCACAGUCACCUCCCUGACCUGGAUGGGUUUUUCCCAUUCAUCUUCACUUCUCUCACUCGCUGCUGGGAGGACCUUAGAACCACUUGAAGUAGGGUGAGGGGAGGGAGGCUUCCUUUCCUUUUUUUCUAGAGGACUCAUCCUGCUUUUUUUCCCCAAGAUCUUUUCAGCUAAAUGGAAUGCCUGGCUGUCCACCACUUCUCUUGAAUCCCCAAGAUUUAUGAAAAUAGUUGGCCCAAUCUGAAAAGACUUUAAAGAAAUAUGUCCAAUAUUUAUGACUGUAGAUGUUUUCUCUCCCUCCUGUAUCGCUGAAUGUUCUGUGUGAUUCUACUGGGAUUCUCUCUGUAACUAGUACUUAAUCUCAACACCCCUUAGUGCAUGCAUCUUCCUGGUGGUGGCGUUCACGGCCCCUCCUUACCCAUUAUUACUGAAACUGCAGGUCUGUAAUUUUCAUUUUUCAAAAUCAGUCCUUUUCUGCAAACCCAACAUAUUUUUCAGCCUCAGUUUCCCUAUCUCAGCGGAUUUCUGGACUUUGACUCUCCUGCUUUGUCAUUCCUUCAACGAUCCUAAGCUUUCCACCUUCUAUAAUGGUGUGUUGGGUUCUUUGUUUGUUUAUUUGUUUUUUAAUGCAGAUUGGCAGGAAACAUUUUGUUUGUUACCAGAAGGGACAAAAGCUGUCAAGGCUCUGUGUCUCUGCAGGGCUGUUGUGUAUCAGGCUUCAGAAAAUGUGGAGAGAGGUGGAAGGGGGUGCUGCGGGGUGGGGGGAGGGCGGAGCCAGUCCUCAUGGGCCCAUAUCCAGGGUAGAUUGCUCACAUUUCAGAAGAAAACCUUCAUUUUCAUACUCCCAUUCCCUCCUUUCUAGCCAUGUGUAAGGGCAAUUAUUUUCUCUUUGGCACGAAGAAUGCCUUCAGAUAACAAGGAGGUCUUCAAGGACCUCCACGGAAUGAUGAUAUUAGAUUGGGGUGGGGGGAAGCUGGGAAGGUUAGUAAUUAUUAGAUAAAGAAUCUGGGUGCUGCUCUGUUCCAUGUCAUUAUGUUCACCUUUGCCAGGACAAUCUUUUCUGCAGUGUGUUAUUUUCCGGUAAACAGGGAAUUAUUAACUAGUGCAUUACAAUCCACACACUGUGCGAACUGGCAUCAUGAAAUGCCAGGUGAGAUGGCUCCUCUGGAAGCUACCCCACAGCCAAACCCACGGGCCUUCUUCCACCACUGGCCAGCAGGCUCGGCCACUUUGCACUCUGCCCACGAGCAAGAGAAGAGUCACUUUAGCAGCUAAGCUUUGUUCUAAAAUGCUCUGAGGUUUGGAACAGGUCCUGACCGAGAAGGAUCAAGGCUUCCGCCCUUUCUGAGUCCGUCGGCCAAAGCGUGAGGUUGUCAGAGGGACAAUUGAGGACUCCGAGGAUCUGUGGGCGGUGUGUAGAUGUCUGCCUCCCGUUAGUUAGAAACCAUCUCACCCUGAAGGCUCGUCUGAACCACUGGCACUUGCAACAGUUGGCGAUUCUUAUGGGUUUUUUGUUUUCCUUGUUGAAAGAUGAAGUUAUUUCUAUAUUGUUAUUGGGAAGAGGAUUGAUCAGACAGGGGCCAGAGCACGGAAUUCUGCUGUUAAGUUGUCUGAUUGUUUGGGCUGAAUUUGAUUUGUUUGGGGUUUGUUUCAAGUUUGGAUUUGGGGCUUUUUUUUUUCUUGGCCAGAAUUGAAUGUAUGAGUUUAUACCUUAAAAAAAAAAUGUGUGAAGCCAAUUUUUCUGUAAAUAUGCCAUGAUGUAGGACAAUGCUUUGUUUGGACUUUAUAAAAAUUAUACCUCCAGUAA